AGGCUAUGUGAUGGUGAUGAUGGUGGUGGGGCAAGGACAGGGAGUUGGAAUUCUAUGAUCUCCGGCCUUGCGAUGCAUGGUCUUGGUAAAGAAGCCAUUGAAAUAUUUAACGAAAUGGAGAGAAAGGAGGUCAAUCCUGAUGAAAUCACCUUCUUAGGACUUCUAAAUGCUUGUAGCCACAGCGGUUUAGUCAAUGAAGGUGAGUACUACUUCACAGUGAUGUGCAGAAAAUAUAAUCUGAAACCAAGCAUACAACACUAUGGUUGCUUGAUUGAUCUCUACAGCAGAGCUGGCCAGUUUGAAAUAACGAAGAAGAUCAUUGAAGAUAUGCCCAUGAAGCCUGAUGCCACUGCAUGGAAAUCCAUUCUAAGUGCUUGUGGGAAACACAAUUAUGUGACAAUGGGUGAAUAUGCUGCCAUGAAAGUUAUCGAAUUGGCACCGAAUGAUGCUAGCUGUUAUGUGCUCUUGUCAAAUUUAUAUGCAAAGUCAGGGAAUUGGACUGAUGUUGAGAGAGUUCGGAAACUGAUGAGAGACAAAGGUAUCAGAAAGGUUCCCGGCUGCAGCUCAAUGGUGAUCAAGGGGAAGGUUCAUGAGUUUCUUGUUGGGAAGGAGAUGGGUGUUGGAUGUAGAGCAGUGGUUUUUUCCAAAUUGAAGGAAGUUAUACAUAGAUUAAAAUUAUUCGGAUAUGAGCCUGAUGUGAACCAAGUACUUGUUGAUGCUGAAGAUGAAGAGAAGGAGAGGUUGCUCAGUGUUCACAGCGAGAAGAUGGCAAUAGCUUUCGGACUGAUAAAUUCGGAGAAAGGGGAACCAAUGCACAUAGUGAAGAACCUGAGGGUUUGCAGUGAUUGUCAUUCUUUUAGCAAGCUGGUUUCUAGUGUUUAUGAGCAUGAGAUAAUUCUCAGAGACCAGAAUAGGUUUCACCAUUUCAAAGAAGGUUCAUGUUCAUGCCAUGACUAUUGGUGAUCAAAAUGGAAUAUAUGCACCAUUUGGCACAAUGAAUUUGAUGCCAAAGUUGGAAUAUUUUUACAGAAUAAUAUUUAGUAAAUAAAUAAAGAAAAGACUUUGUUCUUUAUCUAGAGUAUUUACAGUCCGAAUAAAGAAAUAAAUCCUCUCUCUCUCUCUUUCUCUCUCUCUCUUUCUCGCAAAAGUUUAGAUCUUUGACCAAGAGGGGAGGAGUGAAGAAGAUCGGAGUGAUGGCAGUUCCGCCGGCGCGUAGGGUCUCAGCGGCAUCGGCGAGGGCACACACGAGAAAGCAGAAGCAGAGAAACUCAAUCUUCUCUCUAGGUUUAAUCAGAAAAAUAUUGGCGGUUUUUGCUUGUGGGAUUGGCAGCUUGGUUGUAUCAGUCAAUUCAACCUCCAGUCCCGAAAAAUU